AUGGCUGAUUCGGCCUGGGCGGACAAUUCUCAGGGCAACCUGUGCGCGGAACACUUGAUCCGCGUGCACGAGGCCCUUAAAGCGAUCCGCGACUGUUCUGUUUUUGACGGGAUCGAUGCGGCAGAACCGCUCACGAUUGCUCAGGGCGGGCAUCAAGAGCCUUUCGCGAUCGGCCAAGCUGUCAAGGUCUUCCAGAGGGAUGCCACAGCCCACUACUCCUGCGGCGGGAACUUCUUUUGGUGCGAUCAAGUCUGGAUGGCAAACCAUCGAGUUCCGAUCAACAAGGGGCAGGUGCAGGAAAUCCAGCGCUUUUACCUGCCGCCCAUGGAUCCACCGAAAGAAUUCACGUAUGAAAUCGUUGCGGCUGUUUCGGCCGCCUGUGACGAAGAAUUUCACAAGAAAGGCAGCUUUCAGCGGCUGUCUCCGGCCGAGCCCUGCCAUGCUCUGUUGUUUUCCAUCCACGAAGCUAUCUCCGCAAAGGCACCUGAACCUAUUCUUCGUCGAUGGAAAGAACUGCUGCUCACCACACCGUUUCGCUUUGAGCUCGUCCCACAGGGUGAAGCAAGAUUUUGGCGUGCUCAAAACCUACGGGAGGAAAUGGUUGAGCGUGGCAUCACUGUUCGGCUUUCGGUGCGGCAGCGGAUCUACGACGUAGCAGGCUUCAAAGCCAGCAAGGAGGCUGCCCUGAAAACUACACUGGGGGCUGCCGCCGUGGCCAGUGCCUAUCAGAAGCACCUGAAAGCUUCGGCUGGCUCCGAGAUCAUCUCGGAAUCAUUCGUGGACAGCGCCAUAACCGUGCACGACAGACUGCUGAGUAUUCCAGCUUGCAGUGUUUUGCUGGAGGAGCUGGAUGCCCAGUACUUGAAGGGCAACCCACUGUCCAGCAUCUAUGCUUUCCAAGCCAUCAUUGACAAGGCACAGACCCCACAGCACAUCACUUGGGCAGUGGAAGGAAUGAUAGAUGGUUUUCGCAAAGGCUUCGUCGAGCCAGGCUUCUUCGCCGUGAGCAAGCUGCGAGACGCUCGGAACAGCUACGUGGAAAUCUUGAAGCUCAAGCUGGCCGUGAAGAACCACUUGCUCGAGGAAUGGCUCACUGGAAGCACGUUUCCGGGCAAAACCAAAGAAGACCUGCGGUCAGCUUUCAGCAGCUUCACUCACGUACGAAGCAAGUACAGCCCGUACAAAGAAGAAACUCAGGCUGAUACGGCCUGGAUCUUGGGCGCAAAAGACUCAGUUGUUCUGGCAGCAGAACUGCUGGAACAGCUAGUGUACCUUGACACUUUUGAUGGCCGGUACAGGGAUGCGCUGAAAUCGAAGCAUGAAUGCGCUGACGAUAUCGAGGCAGCCUUGAGAAAGGAGUCUAAGCCCGCCGAAGUUCUGUUUGAAGUCCCGGCUGCUCCGGCAGGGUCUGGCGAUGCCCCAUCAUCGUCGACGGGCGCUGGUUCGGCUGCUUCGGCCGCAGAAGAGGCCAAACUCACGAAAGACGAACAACAACAAUGGAGGCAGUUCAUGCUCAAGACUCUUCGCAGUCAAGUUCGCUUCGUGUCCGACCACAAAGCCGCUUCCGACCUUGAACAAGCCAUCCGCGACUGCCCGUUUUCGAAACUCAAGGGGGACCCGACGGGUCUGGUGCUGUUACACUUCGAUGUGAAAAAGUUCGGUGAGUCUGCGACCAGGCCAGACCUUCGUCUACCGCCCCUUCGGGAUGGACCGUACACACGCCUCGUCCGUGCCGUCAUGACGGCCAGGCAAAGCGAAGGCUCAGCAGCGGCUUUGCAGCCAGGCGAAGUCGCAGUGUUGCUGGACGGCUUCAAGAAGGGCGCCAAGCAAAAGCUUAUCAACCCUUGGAAAGACGGCACCCGCAAAGAAGCCAAGGCGAAAGGGUCUACUAAAGAAGACGAGGAUGAAGAUGAUGGCGACGGGGAUGACGACGACUGCGAGGAGGAGGAAGACGCACGGCCGAACCUGGUCUGUGACUUGCUGCAGAUUGGCUACACCGAAGCGAGCCUAAACGCCCGACGCCAAAAAAAAAGAGGCACAUGCACGAUCAAACAGAUUGAGUGGGCGCACGUGCUGUCUUCCAAGAGGCUCUCUCUUCCGGCCAGGGAGCGCAAGCAUUACGGGCCGGGGUCAAGCACAGGCGACCUCAUCUCAGGAGUGGACCUGCCGAAACUGUCCACUGAGUGGUGCCUCCCAUGGCAACAGAAGAAGACCCUUUACGGGAAAAAACAUUUGAUCGCCGUUGGGGGAAAGACUGAAACCACAGAAGAAACAGAAAAAUCAGACAUGGAUCGCCUGGGCAACAAGCCCGAACCAGUUUGCUUUCAUUCUAUGCCUGGGGCAUUUUAUUCAGAGCUCAUGCACUCCUUUUGGGCGAAGAUGGUCAUCGACCUAACGCCAGGCGACGGCCGAUUCGCUUUCGAAGCGCUGAAGGCCAGGGUGGGCUACAUGGGAAUAACCUUCACCCCUGAACACAGCCAAUUCUUGGAAGAGCACCUGCUUGACUUGAUGAAGCUGGAGAUGUGUGACACAGCAAGUCCGCUCUUCAAUUCGGAAUACGCAGCGGCGGUGGGCAAAAAGGCUGCUUCGGCUUCGCAGGCUGCUUCGGCCAGGUGCGAGGCUGCUUCGGCUUCGCAGGCUGCUUCGGCCAUCAGUCUUUUAAGGGCUGCUUCGGCCAUCAAUCCUACCAGUUUUACUUUCAACCUUCCCGCAGGCUUCAGUUCCUCAACGCAUGUUCGGUUCACACACAUUCUCAAAGUUAAGUUCUAA